AUGCCUAACGACUUGUUAUUGGACGCCUUUGACGGUCUAGCAGCGGCGAUGAGGCGACGAGCGAGUGAGGAGGAGGAGGAAGCUGUUGCUGAGAUUGAUAAACUCAUCGAGGGGGUGUCUUCAUCCUCCUCGGGUAGUGUGGAGGGCAAGGGGCCUGUCCAUGAGGAGCCCUCGAGAGGUAGCUCUGGGGGAGCUGACGAGGCUGAGCAGAGUGGUGACUGUAAUCCGCCUGAUGCAUCUACUACGGCGCCUCCAAGCGGGAUGAUGAUGCCCCUGCCAGAAGAUCCUGAGUUGAGUAAUCUCUGUAUGAGCUGGUACUACGCUGGGUACUACACUGGACGAUAUCAGACCCUCAAGGGCGAGGCGGAACAGCUAGAGGCACUCAAUAGACUUCCUGAGGCAAAGAAGGCUAUGAUGGAAGCUAUGGAAAAGUUGAUUGUGAUACGACCGUCGUUGACUGAGGAUUCGGACAAGGCAUGUGUGGAUGGUGUUUUGAGGGGCUUAGUUGAAGAUGCUGAGAGGGUCCAGUUGCUAUUGCGGUUGGAUAAGCUGAGCCAUGCUUGGGAGCAAGAGAAAGCUGUUGCCCGAUCGAACUCGGAUAAGGCGAGCGAGUCUGUGGCUGAGGGUCACAAGGACUUGAUGGAUCUUCUGCCGGCACCACCCUCCGAAUUCAAGACGGUUGAGGAUGGUGUGGUAUCGGAAUCGGGAGUAGGGUCGAUGACGAAGGACGAGAACCUUGGUGAGGAGGAGCCUAGUAGUCCAUCUGAAGUUGUUGCUGGCGAUAAGGACGUAACGGAGGAGAGCAUGUUGUCGGGUCCCAAGGGGAGCGUUUCGUUCAACCUUUCUGAAUCGGAUGAGGGCCGGGAUGAGGUCACUGAGGGAAGGGGGUCCUGGGUGGCCCCUAAACCCGAGAGGGCCGUUAGCCGAACUUCCGACGUAAGCAUAUGUGCUUCCUCGAUGGACGAGGUCGGGUCAGUAGUGUCCUAUUCUAGUGAGAUGGCUCCUCUUGUUAUCGAACCAGCCGGAGCUCCACGACAAGGCGGCAGUAGAUUUACGGUUGAGGUCUCGGCUGAGGGUGGCAUUCAGUUGGAAGGGAUAGCAUAUUUGAAAAUUGGUGGGAGGCCUUGUGCAGAGGUGGCGGCCCUUGAAAAGACUCGAAGACAGUUCUUAGCGCCGAUGACGAGGGGCCUGCCGGGCCCUGCUGAUGUGUUGGUUGUGAUGGAGGACGCCAGUGAGAGCUUACUACUGAGAGCGGCAUUUGAGUACUAUGACAAGAUGGAGAUAGUAGAUGCUACACCGAGGUCUUUGGCGUAUGGGAGGAAGAAUAAAGUACAAGUUACUGUGUUGAAUUUGGUCGGCAAUUCCCUCGUGGGUGUUGAAGUGCGGCUAGGGGAGAAGAGGGUGGAUAGCGAGAUUGUUACGGUUACUGGUCGAGCCGUGCCUAAGGGGGAUCCUCCCUGUACUGAGAUAGGCCUGGCCAUAACACCUAUAGAGAGGGGACGGUCACGAGAGUGUCUUAGUGUUAAAGUCCUCGGCAAGGCGGGCAAUGUAGUGGAGGCGAUCGAUUACUUGCGUUUAUAUCGUCCGAUGGUGUUUGAGUCGAGGGUUAAGGGUAGUCGAGUGAAGCUAGAGGAGGAGGAUACAGUUGCGAUGAGGAAGAGCGGCAUCAACAACGCGGUGGUGUUCAGUAAGGAUCCUAUACAAAAGUUACCACCUACUGCGAGUUUACCCAGUGGAGGGCUCUACUACUCUAUUACUAUCAUUAAGACGGCAACAGCUAUGAAGACCUUUGCCCUGGGCCUCACCACUAUCGACCCUUCAAAUGUUACUAACCUACCCUCCUCUCGAGUUCAGGAGGAUGCCAUUGCCACUCUAGCCCCAAAGGUAGAGGGGCCCUGCUCCCUCCUGAUCGGCUAUGAUCCUCUACAGCUGUGGGUGAAUGGUCGGACUCAUAAGGUGAGCUCAAGGCAGUGGCGACCAGCACGAGAGGUGUCUGCUGGAGACUCUAUUGGUUUACUCUUCGUCUUUGACAGGGUAGUAGUGUACCAGAAUAGAACUCUCAAGUUGGAGGUGCAUAUGGACAACGAUGAGGCAGCUAUGUUUCGUCGGUGUAUGGGUAGGGAGUGGUGGGCAGUCGUUGAUGUCCUUGGGAAAGUCAGCGGUGUGAAACUCAAUAGUGACGACUCGGUACCUCCAGAGUGAGCUCAUUUAUCGCAUUCUUAAGUACUGUCAUUCACCCU